CCAAAAGCCAGCCAGCUCGAUUUCACCUCGCCACCACCAGCUCCGCUCUCGCCGCCCUCCCCCACGCCGUCCGUCGCCAUUGAUUGAGAUUGGCCCAACCCAACGCAACCCAACCGCGCGGCUAGAGCUUCCUCGACCGGAGGCCGUGAGGGCGUGCGCUCGCUCGCUCGCUCGUGCGUCGACAUGGCGAAAUGCAGCAGCAAGAUCCGGUACAUCGUGUGGCUCCGGCAGACGCUGCGGCGGUGGCGGUCCCGGGCGGCGGCGCGCGCGGCGGUGGAGGCGGCGGCGGUCCCGGUCCCGGCGGGCCACGUGGCGGUGUGCGUGGGCGGCGCGUCGCGGCGGUUCGUGGUGCGGGCGGCGCACCUGAACCACCCCGUGUUCCGGGAGCUGCUCCGGCAGGCGGAGGAGGAGUAUGGGUUCCCGUCGGGGGCCUGCGCCGGCCCCAUCGCGCUCCCCUGCGACGAGGGCCUCUUCGAGCACGUCCUCCGCCACCUCUCCUCCCCGUCCAAGUCCUCCCGCUUCGUCACCCUCGAGGACCUGAAGAGCGGCGCCGGCCUAUCCUGCUGCUGCGUUGUCGCCGCCGGCGACUCGCUCCCGCUCCUCCACGGCAUCUCCGCCGACAAGGCCGUCUGGUGAGCGCGCCGCCCUGCUUGCCGGAGCCAGCCACCACCGUGCCCACUGCGCGCGCGACGGCCAUUUCGUCCUCCUCUAUUUUUCUUCUUUUUCCCCUUUUUCGCGCUCGCUCCCUCCGUUUCCACCUGAGUGAGUGGAGCUGAACGCGGCGGAGGCAGACAACCUCGACGAGCAAGAUGAGCGGCCGGCCGGAGGCGGUGAAGUGAGAUGGCUGAGAAAGUCCUAGGAUUUUUAGACGACUGUCAAGUCUAGUCAUCCAUUCAUUCCCCUGUCAAAUCAAUGCGGGAAAUUUUAGUGGCUACCGAGAUUUAUUCUUUUCUCUUUCUUUUUAUUUUCUCUCUCACUCACUCAAUAAUCCUCCACUGUAAAUACAUGUGUGCUACUGCGGCUCGGCCUGCAUUGUUGCAAGUGAAAAAAAACAUUCGUUUUCUUCUGCUA